AUGUUGAAACGCACCUGCCUCCAAUGCAAAGAAUUAGUAGAUUUACUUCUGGGUAAACAUGGGUCCGAUAUCGCCGAUUUGUUACGCCCUUCCCCCCACGUUUGUUCUUCUGUUUUAUUCCUUACCAACUGUCGUAACUCAUUUUUCUUUCUUUCUGUCUUUCAAGCAUCUUUCUUUAAAAAAAAAAACAAUCUUUUCUUUAAAUUCCUUCUUCUUUCUUUCCUUCUUUUGUGUAUAUUUCUUUUCUUUCUUUUCUUUCUUUCUUUCUUUCUUUCUUUCUUUCUUUCUUUCUUUCUUAUCGCUUGUUUCAUCUCUUUCUUUCUUUUCCAUAUCUUUGUUUCGUCCGAUUGUUUCACCCAUUUGUUCUUUCUUUCUUUCUUUCUUUCUUUCUUUCUUUCUUUCUUUCACCUGACACUCUUUUAUUUCCAUUUUCUCUCUUCUCUCUGCUUCAUCCCUCUUUUUCCAUUUCUUUUCUUUUCUUUCUUUCUUUCUUUCUUUCUUUCUUUCUUUCUUUCUUAUCCCUUUGCUUUACCUCUCUUUUUCUCAUACCUUUGUUUCAUUUCAUAUCUUUCUUUUUUCUCAACACUUUAUUUCAUUUCUUUUCUUUCUUUCUUUCUUUCUUUCUUUCUUUCUUUCUUUCUCCUCCUUUUGUUUCAUUUCUUUUCUUUUUCAUCGCAUUUUUUCAUCGCUUUUUUUUUCUUUCCUUCUUUCACAAAACAGUUUUUCCUGUCAAUUUUCACUCCUACUUUCCGCAAAACCGACCCUUACCCUCACGAAUGGAUUUACAGACCGUUAAUGUGUUUUGAGCGGCUAAACAUCAAAGAAUUCCCUAGAUGUGUGUGCAGACAAGAUAAAAGUAUUUUCUUCCGACCUCUGCAAUGGUCGAUAGCGUCUAUUUUUGCGUCUGGCUAA